AUGCAUGCUCUCCGAGGGCAAUUGCUGUGUAAUUUGGGUGUUAUGCUGGACAUUCGCUUCCAGCGUCGAGGCAACAUCAAAGACCUCCACAAGGCUAUUGCGCUUCACAGAGAAACGCUGGCUUUACGCCCUGUUGGUCACCCAGAUAGGUCAUUGUCAUUAAAUAACCUUGCCAAUGGACUUUGCACCCGCUUCAAGCACCGAGGCCAUGAAAAAGACUUGGAUGAUGCUAUCGGUCGGUCCUUGUCAUUGAAUAAUCUUGCGGAAGACCUCUCCUCCCGCUUUGAGCACCAAGGCAAUGACCAAGACUUGGAUGAGGCUAUUGUGCUUCACAGGGAAGCGCUGGCCUUGCUCCCCGUCGGUCACCCACACCGGUCCAUGUCAUUAAACAACCUUGCAAAGGGACUCGCUGUCCAGCUUCGAGCACCGAGGCAAUGA